CAGUGACACAAGAAGCAAAGGAGGUCAGGGCUUUCACUCACAGAGUAACUGAAAGGCUAAGAACAAUAUUGCUUGAAUAUUGGUGCUGUAUAGUAAAACAUCUUCUAUCCCUAUGAGAAUAACAAUGAAAGGAGGAAAAACACUUUUGUUUUUAAUGUUUCUUUUUGAGAUAAGAUCUGGAAGCCAGCAGAUCAUAUCCAAUGCUGUUGAGGGGGAGCAUUAUAUUUUAGAUUUCAAAUGUAAAAAUAAUAAUAAUGGCACAAACAAUAGCGAAAUUAACAACAGCUGGUAUACGAUGACAAAUUCAAAAGAGGUGGUAAAUAUUUCUGCAGUGAAUAGUAACAGGAUUGUUUUAAAACUGUCAUCUAUUGAAUUCUGGCCAGUGACUUUAAAUGAUUCUGGAACCUACAGCUGUGUUGGAGGAAUGAAUUGUAUUAAUACAAUUCUUAAAGUCCAUCAGAGAAAACAAGACAUUUGCACUGAUGCUUCUUUUUUAACACCAAGACGAUGGAUUAUUGGAAGAUCAGCAGAUAUAGAUGCUGACAAUUCUAGAAAAUAUACACAUUCUAACUUCUCAAUAGUAUGGUACAAGAAUUGUAAAGUUUAUGAAAAGAACAAGAAAAUUAUUCACUUUGAUAGUUUAAAGUACUCUGAUGCGGGUAUCUAUACAUUUGUUAUAACACUUACAUAUAAUGGUGCAGAGUUCAACAUCUCUGGGGCAACCAGUUUAACUUUAAGAGAUCCAACAGAGCCUAUUAAACCCCACAUCAAAGGAAUAGGAAAUACUACAGUUUAUAUAGAGCUGGGAACAAAUCAGUCACUGGAGUGUGAAGCAUUUAUUGGCUACAAUGAAAAUGCAGACAUGCUACAGCAUAACAAUUUAAUGCACUGGGUACAGAUGAAUAAAAGUGUAAUCGAAGAUUUAAGUUAUGAUAAUAAUAAUGAUAAUAAUGAAGAUGUCUUCGUGGAGGAAUGCAAGGAAAUCAGAAGCAGUACUUGCUACACACAUAAAUUAGAGAAAGAAGACAGCAUUGUGACCAUGACUAUUACAUUACAUGUAAUCCAUGCAAAUGAAAAUGAUAUUAAAAAUCCUUACAUCUGCAUACUCUCAAAUACUUAUGGAUAUGAGAACAAGUUUUUUAUUCUCAAAGUAAAAGAGAAAAAUUAUGAUAUUUCUAAGAAUACCUUUACAAAAUCCAUGGCUGUUUCGAUCAGUUGCUCGAUUUCCAUUGUAAUACUUGUCAUUGUCUGCCUUUUCUUCAAAAUAGACAUUAUUUUGCUAUUUCGCAAACUGUCAGGAAAGGAUGAGACCACUGGAGAUAAGAAAGAGUAUGAUGCUUAUUUAGCCUUUCUAAAUCAUUCAGCUACUGAGGAUGCAGACCAUAGACACUUUGCUUUAAUUACCCUACCAAUGAUUCUGGAAAAUCACUUUGGUUAUAAAUUAUGUGUAUCUGAACGAGACUUUAUUCCAGGAGGGGCUUUGGUUGAUGACAUGAAUACCUUUAUUGAGAAAAGCAGAAGACUGAUCUUAGUGUUGGGCAAGAGCAACAUAUCUGAUAAUGCUUUUUAUGAACUUGAGACUGGAUUACACAAAGCAAUGGUCGAAAGAAAGAUUAAAGUGAUUUUGAUAGAGUAUACUCCUCUGAGCAAGCUGAAUGUUAUAUUAGAGUCAUUGCAGCUUCUUACAACAAGUAAUAGGGUGAUAUGGAAGGGGGAAAAGUCUCAUCCUGUGAACUCUAGGUUUUGGAAGAAAAUCCAGUACUUAAUGCCAGUCAAGCCUAUGAAACCAAGUUCUUUAUUGGCUAUAAAUAAAAGUAGCAUGCUUCUUAAUGGUAUUAACCAGUAAUAAAAACAUAAAUGUAAUUUUGUAGUUUACAAAUAAUACAAUGUUGUAUUUUUUAUUUGACAUUUACUGUGAAAAAUAGUGGAUUUCACUACCACUGUACAAUGUAGAUCGGCCUCUGCAAACCAAGCAAUAAAUGCGUUCAGUAAAGGAGAUUAUGCAUAGCUUGACAAGAUCAAAUAAAUUGGACUUAAUAUAUGAACCAA